GUGAGGCCACCGUACUGCGUUGCGAAGGACGUCACGAGCGAAAACAAGAAGCACCAGCGAGCGUUCAGAGGCUAGCGCGGUUACCUGGUUAGUGCUAAACAGAUGUUAGUCACGGACUACACAAACUCCAGCGUGAACGAACCAACACGCCAGACUCGACUAUGGUUUAUGUGAAUCAUAAGUGCGUAACGCUACGAUUUGUUCACGAGUUGACGCUGUGUACGAACGUCACCGUCACGUUAGCUGGCUUAGCUGACAGUUCGCGCUGACACGAAGGCAUUUCCUGUAAAUAGCUGGCUGGGUAUCGUAAGUCAAACCUUUUAACAUUUAAAAUUGAUUUAUGUCUCGUUACCUAAAAGCCCACGGCAACAAGUGGAGAGAGUUCUUUAAUAAUGGUAAAUAACCUGAACAACCUGUGGUAGCAUCAACAACAACAACAGCAACAACAACAACAACAGAAGAGGAGUCCUUCUCUCUCGCUUUUAUUCUUCACAACAACACAGAUUUUCGCUGUGUGUCUCAUCAUGUCGGACCUGGACACCCUCAUUGUGACUUUCCAGACACAGCUCUCAGAUGUGAUGGAGACUGUGGUGAAGACAGCCAUGUAUGAGGUCACCAGGUUGGUCGAGGACGGUUUCUUGGAAGAGGUGAAGCGCAGGAACCAGGAGGUGGAGUCCCUGAGGAUUCAGCUGCAGUGGGCCCGAAGGAAAUUAAGUGAAAACGAGGGGGAAGAUGGAGGAAAGACUGGAAAGUGUGCGGACUGUGCCAAGGAUGAUGUGGAGCUGUCCGGAGACACCGCAGAGGAAAGGCACGAAGAGCAGCAGGAUGACAUUUUGAGGGACUGCGGCGUGAAAAUAGAGAGCGACUCCAUGGAAAGUUGGACGAGAAGCCAGCAGGAAGUCAUACCACAGACGGCACAGUCAGCAGACAAUCCUACAGCCGCUCGCAGCCCUGAAUCCCUGGCAGCGGAAGAAGAUGUGUUGUCAGCAAUGGGUGUAAAAGAAGAAGAAGAAGUCAUUACGCCGUCAUGUUCAUCCGUGCAUUUGGGAGGGUGGAGUGGUUCCCUUGACGGAGAAGCAGUGCCUGAAUCACACAGCUCUACUGAGAUGACUGAAGCCAGACCAAAACAGACUGCAGACAGCAGUGAGGAAUUAUUGAGGAACGUCAUUAGGCAAGACCCCCAGAUCUCUACUGCGUAUGUGUUUUCUGAAGAGCAGGAGGAAACGCACAUGGCUACAGAUCCAUCUUUAGAGGUGGACAAUAGUUGGGCAGGCCUGACAACAGCUGGAUUGCUACAGUGUCACAGACUCGCAACAGAAAAGGACUGUGAUCCAGCCAAAGCUAGAGGUUCUCUCCAGCAAACAGAGCAUGAGCUGGCCAACUCUGUCACAGCAGAUGUUAAUGUUCUGUCUCCCCCAGGGAGAGAUCAGAUUUCAUCCUCGACGUCCCCUACGGCGAGACUGAACAACAGCGAGGCGUUGGGUGUGACUAUCAAGCAGGAGAUUAUUGUCGAUUCUGACGGGUCCGUGGAAAGCGAGCAUAAGGAAAAGAAAAUGACAAAGUCUGGGAUGGCAGCUGUCUCAUGUUCAGUAAAAAAGCACAGGGUGAGUUCAGAAUCACUCAAGCAGAACCACAUUUCCCAUAAAGCCACUGUGCAGGAGGUCAUGAAGCUGCAUUCUAAAGUAGCCACAGGUCUCAGAUUGCAAGCCGCUAUACAGCACCUCCACCGACCGAUGAAGAAACCAUCCCACACGCUCUCGAACAGUACCGCCACCGCCGCUCUGUCUUUAGCCCACUCUCAGGAUGUGAACUUAAAUCCCCUCAACAGAACUCCCUCCACGUCUAAAGCUGUUCCCCCGCCUCCUCUCUCAGUCCAGCGAGUUCACUUAGGUGACAAACACGCUGCGGCACUUGACAGAACUGGUGAACCAUGGGUCAGCAUCAAAGCCCAGCUUCAGUCUACAAACUCACAUCACAGCAACCCCUUACCCCAUCCAGACUCUCAUGCCGGUCCCAGGCACCUCCUGCGAUGUGGCCAGUGCGGGAAGUGCUUUCCCCACCCCAGCAACCUGAAGGCCCACUUGCAGACUCACACAGGCGAGCGCCCUUUCUGCUGCUCUCUCUGUGGUCGCAGCUUCACCAAGCUCAGCAACCUCAAGGCCCACCGUCGGGUCCACACUGGAGAGCGACCGUACUGCUGCUUGGCCUGCGGCAAGCGCUUCACCCAGAAAUGUAACCUGAAACGCCACCAGAGGAUUCAUCUGGAUGUAUGAUGACGGACAGCCAGCGAGAAUAAGACAAGUUUGGUGUGUGUGUUUGUUUGUUUUAGAUGCUACGGUGUUCCCUUUGCAAUGUGAUACAGUCGCUGUGAUGCAUUGCAAAAAUGCUUCUUGUGUACUCGUCUCUUGAAGUGAUUGUCCCAAAAUAUUCUGUGCAUUUCAGGAAGGUUAAUCUAGUAACUUACAGAGGUGUUGUAAAGGUGUUAUUAAAGGUCAGAAGUAGUGAAGCAGUGUGUUGUGAAAUGUAUCGCACACAGAUAAAGGUCAGUUGUCACUUUUGAUAAAAAUAAAUAACUAUUUAUUCUGUGAA